CUGGUUCCACAGAGAUGCAUAUGGUAGUCAGCGAGUUGCACUGAUGUUGUAAUGGUAAAAGUUUAUUAGUAUAACAGUAUUACAGACAUAUUUUAGGAGUUCUCACAAUCACAUAAUUCCCUUUUGAAACAUCAAAUGUGUUUUAUGUGUGUAAUUGUUUUGUUGAAAUAGAUUUGGAUUUAGCUUUAGGUCCUAAUGGAAAACAGGAAUAAUGUUGUGACUGACAUUCUGCAUCCCUGCUAUGAGAUUAAUCACAUUAGUCUAAAGGUAACAGCAACUCCCUCUGCUGUGUGUGUAUUAGUGUAUAGUUUUUUGGCAUUUUUGUCUCUUGUCACUGUAUGUGGAAACCUCCUUGUAAUAAUAUCUAUUUCUUAUUUUAAACAACUCCACACUCCCACCAACACUCUCAUUAUGUCUUUGGCUGUGGCUGACCUGCUGGUUGGUGUUCUAGUAUUUCCUUUAAGCAUGUCCUUUUCUCUUAGCUCAUGUUUGUACAACAAUAACAUGUUUUGUGAGAUAAGAGACAGCUUAGAUGUAUUGCUCAGCACAUGCUCUAUUUUGCAUCUGUGUUGUAUUUCUGUUGACAGAUAUCAUGCAGUGUGUCAGCCUCUAACUUAUAAAUCUAAAAUCAAUGGUCGUGUUGUGUUCAUCAUGAUUGCUGUGAGCUGGGGUGUUUCUGUGCUCGUUGCAAUUGCUGUGGUGCAAACUAGAUCAAACGAUGAAUGUCAGGAAACAUGCUUUAUUGACGUUAUCAUUGCAAGCAUUGUUGGACCAUUAUUUUCAUUUUACCUUCCUGUUGUCAUCAUGCUUUGCAUUUAUAUGAAGAUAUUUGCUGUUGCACAGAGACAAGCACAAAGCAUCCAAUCUACGACAAAGUCUGGAGCAACAGUCUGUAUGAUGGAGAGAAAAGCAACCAAAACUCUGGCUGUUGUUUUAGGAGUUUUUCUGUUCUGCUGGGCUCCUUUCUUCUUUUACAUCACUUUUCAACCUUUAGAAAAUAAUUUAGCACCAAUUCAUAUUAUUGAAAUUCUUGCUUGGCUUGCACUGUCAAACUCUACACUAAAUCCAUUUAUUUAUAGUUUCUUUUAUAGCUGGUUCAGGUCGGCCUUCAAGAUGAUUAUUUCUGGGAAAAUCUUUAAAGAAAACUUUGUUAACUUGAAUUUGCACUAA